UCUAGAGGUGAAUUUUUUAAAAAAAUCCAAAAAACUCAUCUAUGCUUAAAUUGAUUCAUUAGGUGUUUUUGGACAGAUUUGUUCAGUGACUAGAUUUUGGUUUAUAAGAAUGAAUAAUAAGCAGAGACACUCUUCUCUUCUUCACCACCUGAAAGAGAGACAAAAAAAAAAAAAAAAAAAGAGGGUUUGUUCUAAUGUCGACGGAGAGCAAACAUGCCCUAACUCGGUCCGUUUCGGUUCAUGGCUCCAUUGAGAUCCACGCCGAUUCGAUUAUCUCAUCGCUCCCAGAUUCCUCUCUGAUCUCCCUUAGCAUCGAGUCCUCGACAAAGCUCUUGCCUCCGCUUCCGGUGAUGAAUCCGUUUAAGAUCGUCUCGUCGACUCCUACAAAUCAGAGGGCGAUGCAGACCCCAUUCCGUGGCUAUCUUCAGGACAUGCUGGCUCUUGUUGAGAGGGAAAGUAAGGAACGAGAGGCCUUGGGAGCUCUACCACUAUACCAGCGCACACUCCCAUAAGCAUUCUUUUUUCCUCCUUUUCUUGUGGUCAACGCUGCUUCUCUGCAUAAAUAUCGAAAUGGAUAACAUUUACUAUCAUUUGGUACUCAGUUUUUGAACAAAGCUGUUUCUUACUUGAAAAAGCAUAAAUCUGUGAUAGUUCUCCUAAAUGGAUAUGUUGCUAAGUUACAUUUUCCGCGUUUGCUGGCUUGAAUAAAAUCGAGGACGCAACUCAA